UUAAGUACAACUUUCAUGGUAAGCGUGCGCUAUCAAUAAACAAAUAGAGCACGCUUAUGUUACAACUUACAAUAUGAUUCCAAAUUGGUGGCUCCGCCUUCCUGCUUUCCUGCACACGUCACAAUUUUUUAAUAUGUUAUUACUUUCAGCACAGACCCGACAGGGUCAAUUGAGUUUCAAUGACAAUAUUCAACUUUAUAGACAUUCGACUAAUACGACCAUGCAAACGGAGGCUGUGUACGGUUAGCAAUCGUGUCUGUAUCAUAGUCUUGUUUAUUUGUAUUUGGUUUCUUGCUCUAAAGAGUAUCAUAAGUCAAGUAUCGAAAGUUAAUGUUUAUAUGGAGCCAUCUGCGCCGAGGACUGGUCUUAAAGCUGAGGGAGCUCUGUUUGCCUUGGAUGGGAAACCAUUUACAAUAUUAAGUGGUGCAAUACAUUAUUUCCGAAUUGUACCCGAAUACUGGGAGGACAGACUUCUGAAAUUAAAAGCUCUUGGUUUAAAUACAGUUGAAACAUAUGUUCCAUGGAACUUACAUGAACCUACACCUGGCAAUUUUGUUUUUGAUGGAAUUGCAGACAUUAAAGCUUACAUCCAACUUGCACAAAAACUUGGCCUUUAUGUGAUCAUUCGCCCAGGUCCUUACAUUUGUGCUGAAUGGGAGUUUGGAGGAUUACCCAGUUGGCUCCUCCAUGACCCUGAAAUGCAAAUUAGAUCAUUCACACCACUAUAUUUAAAAGCCAUAGAUGAUUAUUUUUCAACCUUGAUCCCUUUAUUGGCUCCACUACAGUACAAGAACGGAGGUCCAAUAAUCGCCUUUCAAAUCGAGAAUGAGUAUGGGAAUUAUGGAGAUAAUUCAUAUUAUAUGAAAUACUUGUAUGAUGUUUUCACUUUACGUGGUGUGACAGAGCUUCUUUUUACAUCAAAUAGCCUGGCUGGAGCAAGAAAAGCACUUCUUCCAUCUGUUUUAAUGACGAUCAACUUCCAGUCAAAUCCUGAACAAAAUCUUCAGGGUUUACGGGAAAUCCAGCCGGAAAAGCCAUUGAUGGUGAUGGAAUUCUGGCCGGGUUGGUUUGAUCAUUGGGGGGAAAAACACAAAGUAAUGAAUGCUGAAGAGGUGGUUGGAAUAGCAAGAAAUAUCUUAAAGAAUGGAUCGUCCAUUAAUUUCUACAUGUUUCACGGUGGAACCAAUUUUGGUUUUAUGAACGGUGGAAAUCAUGAUGCUGGCUACCUGCCGACUAUUACGAGCUAUGACUAUGAUUGUCCAGUAUCUGAGACGGGUGACAUCACACCAAAGUAUCUUAAGCUUCAUGAACUGUUAAAAGAGUUACGACCCGUGCUUCAUACAGAUACAAUUCCUGAUAAAAUAGAUUUGCCAAAAGAAAUAAUGAAGUCCGCUUAUGGAACCGUGAUGAUGACACAAUAUGUUGGAUUCGAAGACAUAGUCAACUUAAUAGGGAAGACAAUUGAAAGUGAGUACGUUGUACCCAUCGAGAAUUUACCCAUCAAUAAUGAUGCAGGACAAUCCUAUGGUUACACGUUGUAUCGAACUACUCUACCUAACAGCGCACAUACGCUGGACAUUAAAGAGUUGAGAGAUUAUGGACAAGUAUUUUUAAAUGGGGAAACUAAAGGCAUUGUGACGUGGCCAGAAUAUGAUGGAAAUUUCAACAUUGAAACUUCUAGCAAGGGUUCUCAUUCAAGACCAAUUCUUGAUAUUUUUGUUGAAAAUUGCGGUCGAGUGAACUACGGAAUGCACAUCGUUGCUCAAAAGAAAGGCAUACUUGGUGGCGUUACGAUUAAUGAAGUGCUGCACAAACAUUGGAAAAUUGUUCCGUUCGAAUUGAAAGCUGAUUUUGUUAUAAAACUUGGUCAAAGUGACGCGAUAUGGGGUGAUACAUCCUCCGAUGAGGUCCUAUCAAAACCUGCUUUGUUCAAGGGUACCUUUACAGUUUCCGGAAAACCUGCCGAUACUUUCCUGGACACCCGAGGCUGGCAUAAAGGUGUUGCUUUUAUCAAUGGUCAUAAUCUUGGUAGAUAUUGGAAAAUUGGUCCACAGGAAACAUUAUAUGUUCCAGCACCCUGGUUGAAAGAGGGUAUUAAUGUUGUGCUAAUAUUCGAGCAACACCCUCGUUCAUCAAUACGAAGCGUAAGACUGUUGAAAGAGCACAGAUUGGGUCCAACUGUGGAGCAUGUACCUUUGAACUAGUAGUUCCGGUUUGCUUCUCAGAAUUUUCUUUAAAAAAUGGAAUUAGCGGUAUAUUCACGCGGCGAUAAGAAACUAAUGGAAGUGGACAUACUGAAACAAUGAGACGCGUGGGUCCUAUAGCCUAUAGGACUCAUUCCCCUCCCCCGGAUAGUAAUAUAAUUCUAUAGAAAAUCAUCCAAAUUCAAGUAUAAAUAAGAUAUUAGAAGAUCGAUCGGCUUCUAUCAGUUGUAUGAAGGGAAGGGCUAUUCUCUAUUACCAUCCGCUUCACCCGCGGCUUUUGAAAAUCUGCCCUUGCGACCGUGACCGGCCUGAAAAACAAAGCGCGCUUCCCCCGCGCGGGCAGAGCGAUUGCAAUGAUUAAGGGUUGCUUAAUAUAUUCCACUGUCGCGUUUUCAGUACGUACGUACACGCUUCUAAAUUUUCAAAAUCGUUAAAGUGAUACGAUUGAAUAGAUUGGGUUGGAUUCAAUGGCCUUUUUCACACUUGCACUGUCUCAUUUUCCAGAAUUAUUCGUCUAUGUGCCGUCUUCACACGGGCAGACGCAUUAUCCGUCUAGACGAACUAUCGUUGGUUAUGCGUCUCUGAGACGAAAAACUGAACAUUAAUCGUCUGGACGUAUUAUGCGUCUUUUGACCGUCUUUAUACUGAAGACGAAUAAAUAGAGAAGACGGAUAAUGCGUCUCUAGUGUGAAAACGGCCAAUCGUUGAUUUUAUGACAAAAAAACGCGACAGUGGAAAACAGCCCUAAGUUGUACGCCUACCUUUGCAAGGCCGCAGCUAGAAGCGUAAUUUGAGGGGGGGGGGGGGGUAUGUUCAUAAGUUUCAUAUAUUCGUCUUGUGCCCAAGUGAUUUCUUUUGUACGCUAUUGUUCCUGCGGUAUAUAUCAAAAUAUCAUUUGUAUGGGCCCAGCCUGCACCCGUACAAAUGAUACAAUAGUGUAAUUCUUGGAUUUUUGUUUAAAAGUCUCUGUAACAUAAAUCAAACGA